AUGAAGCUACUAGCUCUUUCGUUGAGCGUAACGUUUUCGGUGAUAUGCGCUCGAUAUGUCGAUCUGCCAGAACCAUACUCCGACUUCUGCAUACUGGAGAACAACACAAAUCUUUACGAUCCACGAAAGCAAUUUGACAUUCCAUGGUAUAACGUCAGCCUCGAUCUUCCGCCUAGUCAAAGAUGGAAGGAGAUUUCGACAGCCUACGCUCAAGAAAUAAAGAAUCUUAUUGGGGUUCUAAUUGACUUCAUAACACCACUGGUUCCGAAUGCCGUCGAGUGGGUUGACUUUUUGUUUGGAGAUCUCGAAAAAGAAUUACCUCAGCCAUAUAGAGACGAAAUUUUGUCAAUCUCCAAUGAUACUGGUAUUCCUGUGGGGCAAAUUGUCGUCUACAACAUUUUCUACGAGAUUUUCACUGUGUGCACAUCAAUCAUCGCUCAGGAUCCCGACGGCCAUAUCGUACAUGCGAGGAACUUGGACUUUGGUUUAUUCCUCGGCUGGAAUCCUGAAAUUCACGAAUGGGAAAUCUCAUCCGCAUUGAGAAGAAUGAUCAUUAAUGUCAACUGGAUGAAGGAUGGAAAAAUCCUUUACAAAUCGAAUAACUUUGCCGGAUAUAUCGGUAUCUACAAUGGGAUGAAGGAACGAGCAUUUUCAAUCACAGCAAAUGAAAGGUUUCAACUGGAUGGAGGUUACCUCGGAAUGCUUCGAUGGAUGAUAGGACUCGAGCCGAAUGGUAAAUGGAUGUCGUGGUUGACCAGAGAAACGCUCGAACAGUACAACACGUAUGCGGAAGCUAAAGAACAUUUGAUGACAACGCCGAUACUUUCACCAGUUUACUACAUACUCGGUGGAAUGAAUCCAGGCGAGGGAUCGGUCAUAACUCGAAGUCUUACUAAAACAGAUCUGCUGAAUGAGCUCAAUCCUAGUGAGGAGAAUGGAUGGUACCUAUUGGAAACCAACUACGAUUUGAACAAACCGGUACUGUACUUGGACGAUCGGCGUACACCUGGUAAUCACUGUAUGCAAGUGCUUGGACAGAAAAACGUUAGCUUACAGGGUCUCUUCAAUGUGCUGUCGUCACGUACAAAUCUUAACAAAUUGACCACGUACACGGUGCUCAUGCAAGUGGAGAGCGGUCGAUUCGAGACGAUUAUGCAAUCUUGCCCUGGUUACUGCUGGCCAUUUUAG